GAAAAACAGCUUUUCUAUUUUCAGUUCACUAAACAACUUCUCAACACUUCUUAUAUUUGUAACGUCACAGCAAUCUUUACCCCCAGGCGAACAGUUUUUGAGAAUGUAUUAAUUAAAAUCCCAAUAUGGGCAAACAAACCUACAAUUUUCUAUUCUAAUUAGCAUAUACUACAAAACAGUUCGUUUAAAAAGGGCGUAUAAUGGUGCAGGAGACCGUACGCAGGAACUGGCGGCUAUUGUAGCUUAUGACACAGGUAUGUAGCUCAACAGUAACACAUCACUGGACUGUUCCGUUCUAUGGCAUUCUCGCUUGGUCAUGGCAGAAUGGAGUGUGAAUGUGCGCCAGGGUGUGGCCAUACCAGAAAGCACAAAAGGAUUUCAAGAAAAAGGAAAAAAGGAACGACACAAGCUGAAGGAAACCCUGGCAUCCCAUCUUUCAGAGGAUCUGCACAGGCUCUUCAAAGAGGAAUUGCAGGCAGAUGUCACAUUCCAGGUUGGGUCGGAGAUCUUCCGAGCACAUCAAGCUGUGCUGCUGGCCAGAGUGCCGGAGUUCUUCCACCUGGUUGUUGAUCCAGCGUUAAAUAAAUCUGGGGACAGUUCGGAACUAAUCUACAUAAAAGCCAUUCAGCCUUCAGAGUUUAAACACUUUUUACAGCUGAUUUAUACGGCAGACCGAAAAGUGAACAAGGUGGGUCUAAAGGUAGCAGGAGAGCAAAUGGAGGCUGCUGUAAUAAAGGAAGACAAGAUGAUUGCAUCCAGCAGUGAGAGCAGCGAGGCCACGGAAACAUUAAAUAUGAAAUAUCCCCAAGGAGCGAACCAUCCAUCUGGCCAGCCAUGUAAAGAACCUGUCGAGGUUCCAACACAGCAGGCUUUGGGCAUUCUUAAAGAGGAGCUCUUUGAGGGUUCAGGUGGGAACUGCAACAAAUUAAUUCCAUCAGACUCAGUUACUGUGGGACCUGCCUCUGCACUUGGAGCAGAUUUACUUUCAUUGUAUAAGGGUGGUUGCUGCUCGGAUAUCAGCAUUCACAUUGGGAAUACAGUUUUUAAAGCCCACAGGGCCAUUCUUUGUGCUCGCUCCUGCUAUUUUGCUGCUAUGCUGAGUGGAAGCUGGUCGGAAAGCUCCCAGGAGCACAUUACAUUGCAGGGAGUCAACCAUGCAGAAAUGGCUGUCGUGCUGCAUUUCAUUUAUGGAGCUGUUGUUGACCUUCCAGAAGGAGCUGAUGUGUGCCAGGUGCUGUCGGUAGCAGACAUGUAUGGAUUGGAAGACCUGAAGGAAGUAGGUGUGUUUGUUCUGAAGAGAGACUACUGCAGGUUUUUCCAGAAGCCCGUAGUUGGUGUGCAGCAAUCUGUUUUGGAGUGCCUAUCUAUAGCCCAUUCCUUGGGGCUUGGAAGUCUCUAUGCAUCUUGCACAAGGUGGGUUGCAAAAUAUUUCUUGAAAUGCUGGUCUGGAAGAAACUUUGCAUUCCUGACAGCUGAAAUGCAGAGGGCUUGUCUAACUACUCUCACGCAGUCCAUGAACCAGGACAAUGUGGUUGCCAUGCUGAUGGAAAGUGACCAGCUGAUCAGCAGCCUCCCUGCAGUGAAGUGGGCAGAGCGAGUUUCGUGUUUGGCGACAGAGCUGCAGGAACAAUGCAUAUCCUACAUCGUGGAGCAUUUCUCUGGGAUAAUACUCAGUGAUGGCUUCCGUCAUCUUCUACAGGUACAAGGAAUGAGCAGCAACCCGUAUUUGCUGGAGAAGAUUUUUUUGGCCAUUGAGAACGGUGUCACUAUGGAUAACUGCUGCUCCCACUUCAUUACUGUGGACACCCUGAAGAGAGUACAGCCUGUGGAUGCGAUGGGUUUUGCGUGUGAAAUCCAGGCUCUACAUGAAAAGCUGUGGACGUUUCUAGUUCAGUCUUUCUAUGCUGUUCGUCACACAGUGGGAUGGAAUUUGAUGAAAACGCAGCACAGGGAGCAAGUACAAGCAGCUGCGUUUGACAAGGGUGACAAUAGAAGACUUGGCAAAAAACCGACAUUCAGUAGUUCACAGCAGCAUAUAAAAUGUCCUCCGGUUCAUCCGAUUGCAUCUGAAAAUCCAAAGCAAAGCCCUCAGGAGGGGAGGAACGCGCGAGGAUCCUGGAGUCUCUUAUUGAACAAGCCAGAGAAAAUGAAGUCUGAUGGUUUAGGAGCAGCUGGAUACACUGCUACUGCUGGCAGGGGUACCUCUAUCAAGGCUACAAAAACGAAUGUUUCCAAGGGAAAGGACAGCUGCAAACCGGCUAAGGAUGCCAAACCCACCGACAAGAGCUUACCUGCAAAAACAAAGGCGGCUGCAAAGGCACAGCCUGAAAACAAUGGCAAUGCAAAAGCAGAAGGCUCUGCUGGCAGCAGAGAUAAUACUUCCCCUUUGUCUGCAAACGGACAGAGAAAUGUGCCAAGUGGGAAAGGAAUCAAGGAUCAGGAUAGAAAAAUAAAUCUGGGUGCCAGGCCCAAAGCUCCUGCCAGCGGCUCUGCUGGUCAGACUAAAUCAGCCAAGCCUGCAAAGACGUCUGUGGGUAAGGAGCCCCCGCUGGCACACAAAGAAACAAGCCCCCCCAGCAAGCCUGAACCCUUGAGUACAGGGGCAUGCUCAGAGGCCGCUGGAAGUGCUGCACAUCUCCGGAAGGAUAAGGCAGCCAGGGAAGGAGACGGCAGUGAUAUAACAUCAGGGAGUGCUUCCCCACAGAACAGCUCCAGCAGCCCAAGAGAUUCAACCACAGGUACAAGACCAAAGAGUUCUGUGAAGACGACCAGCAGGACCUCUGUGCAGCAGACGGUUGAUUCCUCUAAAACAAACGGCGCCGCAAGCAAAACAACGGUAAAAGACAGCAGCAAAAUAAAACAACCAGCCCCUUCAAAUAAAACAGCUGCUGGGAGCACUGCAUUGAAAACUGAGAAGAGAGUGAAGAGCACCCCAGCAGCUUCUGGGGAAAAUCAUGGACCAAAAACUGUGGCAGCAAGUGCAAGAAAGCCUGUCUCGCCGAGAAAAGAUGAGACCAAGCAAGCUACAAAAGACUUGACGCCAGACAAAGCAUCUAGUGAAGCUCCAUUGGAAUCUACAAAGAAAAAGACAUUUAAACAGUUGAGUGCAGCAAGCACCGAGUUAAAAACCAACUCAAAACCAGCAAAGGUUGCUGCUGGAAGUUCAAAGCAUACCAUUGCUGGAAGCAGGAGUGUACCAAAGCAGAAAAGUACCUCUGAACAGCCAGCAUUAAAGCUGACAUCUAAAUCAUUAGGAUCAGAAAAACAAGCUCUUUCUGGUCUGAAGAAACCUGCAUCAAAAACCAAGGAAGCUUCUAAUGAAAAAGGUUGUACUUCAAAAGGUACUGGGCCCAAGCAAAACACUCCCUCAGCUGUCAAAGAUCAGACUUCAGAAGGCAGUGACUUAGUGACAGCUCUCUGCACUGAGGAGCUCAACUGCUCUCAGCAAUCGGAAUCUACUUGUGGUGCACAACAGAAAAUAGAACAAUCAGUUGCACCUUCAGCUUCAUGCCAGCAACCUGACAGAGUCAGAUCUCAUCAAAGCUUAGAAAACAGUGUGCAUAAUUCUGAAUGUGCAGCUCUGCUAAUGGAUAAGGAAGAUUUGUGUAUUCCCAGGAAGAGCACAAAUGAAGCAUUAGUAGCAUUACUGUAUGACCAAGAGGAUUCCAACGAUGCAGCAUUUAAACACACAGGGGACUCAAGCCAGAUAUGCUCAGUUUUACCUAAGGAGAGUGUGAAUCUUGGUAAUCAGUUUCAGGGUAAACAUGCACCACAACCAUCACCUCCAGCAAAGUCAGAUACUGCUACAGCUCAUGAGACUGACAAAAGGGAGGCUAUGGUACCGAAUGAAACCAAAAACCUUGCAAAGGUAAUUUUAGAAGAUUUUAAUGGUGCAUAUAAAACCACCGAACAGUCAAGCACAGCUAUUAAUGUUAACCCUUCUACAACAGGGUGUGUAGCAUCAUCCAGAUUCUGUACCAGUCAAAUACAGCCGUUAUCGCUGAAUUCUCCCAAGGAUAUGGAUACUGUGGAAACCCCAGAGAGUCACGAGGGCUCCCAAAUACAUCAUGAAGACCCGUGGAAUACACUUCAUCAGAGAGGCAGCCCUGAGUCUGACACUGGGAGUGCCACCACCUCUUCCGAUGAUAUAAAACCCAGGUCUGAAGAUUAUGACGCAGGAGGGUCUCAGGAUGACGACGGUUCCAACGAAAGAGGGAUUUCAAAAUGCAGCACGAUGCUGUGCCACGAUUUCCUUGGAAGAAGCAGCAGCGACACCAGCACGCCGGAGGAGCUGAAGGUGUACGACACUGGCUUGAGAAUAGAGGUCAAACUUAAAGAUAAGAAGUCGUCCGCAGAACCCUUUCACGUACGCUCAAUGAACAACGAUGACGAGGGCAGGAAGAGGACACAGGUGUGGGCUCACCAGAAGGAGGUACUCAUGGAGGGCGAGGCCUGUGAAGAGGAGACAACCGUCACCGUCAAGAACGCUCCCGAGCAGCAGCUGUCCUCCUCGGAUGAAGAAACCGAGGACGAGAGAUCAGUGGCUGAAAUCCCAGAGGAAAUCCUUGCUCCACCAGACCCUUCCCCUCACCACUUUCAAGGCAUCGUCAACCUGGCAUUUGAGGAUGUCGCUGAGCAAGAGAAUGAGGUCCCAGAGUUCCAGUCUGCUUCAAGUUUCAGGCGUUCUGUACUGCUGUCAGUGGACGAAUGCGAGGAGAUGGGAUCUGAAGAGGGUGGAGGACAGACCCCACCUCGCCACCCUGCAGACUCCCUCACUCCUUCAGAAGUGUUUGAGGGGGCUGCCCAUGAUCGUUGUGAGCCACGGGGUAAAUCCUUCUACUCUAGCUACCCCCUGGAAAUGGAACUAGGUAAAAAUGGCAACUGUCAGUCUGGCCCUAGUGAUAAUCCUCAUGGAGGUAAACCACAGGUUGACAUUGCGAAAAGUGAAAGCACUGUCCCUCUUACUGAGAAUGAAACAGGAGAGCCUCCUUCCCUGAUAGAAGGUAAUAAACUGCAUGACACCCCCAGUAAUCCCCCAGCACCAGUGAGUGACAUUAGACCCCAAGAAAGACCUUGCCACUUGGAUCUACACCAGACUGAGAAAUACCGUGAUAACGGACUGUGGAAAAACUGUACAGAAGCCCUAGACUGUAAGAAAAGUGAGUUGCGUCUUAACUUGCAACAACAACAUGUGAAAGGGAGUACUAUGGUAUCAACUGAACAGAAUGCUUCCACUUUACCAGCAGGAGACUUAGAUGAUUGUGACAGAUUGGAACAAACCUCCACAUCUGACUGCCGACCUUCAAAAUCGCUUUCUACAAUAUUCGAGAUGGACGCUGGAGAAGCCUUUGAACAAAGUGCGGCCGUGGAAACGUGCAUUGUGGACACACAAGGGGACGAAGACAAUCAGUUUGCAGAAAGGGACUGGAGGCUUCUUAGGCAACUGCUUUCCGAUCAGGACUCCAGUUUAGGUAUUAUAAACUCUGUUCCAGAGGACCUGAACCUUGCCCAGUAUCUCAUAACCCAGACACUUGUCCUCUCACGUGACAGUCUAAACUCACAGUGUAAACUGCCUUUGGAAAAGGAUACCUUCAAGAAGUGGGCCGAACUCAUGUCCCCGUUGGAGGAGUCCACAGCCAGCAUCACUGUCACCAGUUUUUCACCUGAAGAUUCAGCCUCCCCCCAGGGAGAAUGGACAAUUGUGGAACUUGAAACGCAUCAUUAACACUAAAAAACCGAGGUCUGGAUUUACUGCUUUGUGCUGUACUUUACUGAGAGCUUUGCAGCUGGAGCUUUUAUAACCACGUUGGAAUACAUAACAGGAAGCCACUUUGACUUAAAGACAACAUGUUAUUUCAGCAGCUGACUUUAUGCUGUAAUAGCAGUUGUAUCGGGCACAUUUUCCACUGUUUUUUGUCAGUUCAUAUUUGAGGUACUUAAGAAAAUGUAAGAAAUUGUUACAAAAAAUAAAAAAAAUGCUGUUUAGCGUGUUUAAUAUUUUUGUAUAUUUAAUGUAUUCUUGAUGUUGCUUAAACAUGCAUUCAUAGAAAAAAAAGUAACAUUUUGUUCUCAUGUGUCUGUCUUGAUGGUGUUUUACCAAAAAGUACCAAACAUGUUAAUGAGUUCAUUGGUUUACAUUGGUGUUGUAAGAUUCAAUAAAAAUAAUUUAUGUGAAGCACCAAA